AUAUAUAAGGUUGACACAGGAUCUAGUUCUGGUGCCAACCACUCGGUACAAUGGUGAAAAUACCACUUGCACGUUUUUUCCUUAUGAUAUUGAUGCCAUCAACAUCAUGUUCUUUAUCGACAGAAAACAUUUUGGUGAAGACGAACAAGGUCGUACAAGAAAUCGGUGAUAUGUUUGUGGGGUUCACAUUGGACACAUACUUACUGCGGGUUGGAUGGGGCCGAUUUAACUUCAGCUCCCCGAAAGCCUUGAACCUGAUGAAAGCAGUGGCUCCCAGCUAUAUUCGAGUGGGGGGAUCCAUGGGGGAUGACCUGGUGUUUGACCCCCAUGCUGGUCCAGUAGCGCACAUACCUCCAGCUGGGCACCCAUUCAAACUCACAGCGACACGGUGGGACGAGCUCAACGAAUUUAUACAUAAUGCUGGAUUGAAGUUGAUAUUUGCCUUCAAUGCUUUUCAACGGAAAAAUGAUGUGUGGGAUCCUACGAAUGCAGAAUUGUUGAUGAACUAUUCGUCUCAGAAGCAUUACGACAUCGCUGGCUGGGAGCUUGGAAAUGAGCCGGACCUGUAUGUACGGAAUGGACGGCAAAAUAUCACGGGAGCAAUGAUGGGCGCCGAUUUCACAGUACUCAGACAGAUCCUAGAAAAAUCCCCAUAUAAAUCCAGUCUCCUUCUUGGACCAGACAUGACUCCGUUGGAUGGAUACAGAGACCCACUCAUGCGGGAGUUCCUCAGUCAUGGUGGAGCAUCAGCCGUGGAUGUUGUCACCAUUCACCACUAUUAUUUCAACGGCCAUACUGCACAUGAGGGUUCCUUCGUGUCCCUGUGGUGGCUGAACAAGCUGGCUUCCAGAAUGAUCCAUGCUGUACACCUCAUCGACGACUAUCAGCCUGUCAGGCCACUGUGGCUAGGAGAAACAUCCACUGGGUGGUCAGGAGGUGCCUUGCAUCUCUCGGAUGCUUAUGCAGCUGGCUUCUUAUGGAUGGACAAGCUUGGCGUGUGUGCCAGGUAUGGUAUCAAAGGUGUGUUGAGACAGUCCCUUUAUGGCGGCAACUAUGGAGUACUCCAGUCUGAUAUGGACCCAAAUCCUGAUUACUGGCUAACUCUGCUCUACAAGCGUCUGGUUGGAAAUAAAGUGUUUGACGUCACAUCUCCUUCCAAGUUUGUCCGAGUGUAUGCUCACUGCACUAAGCUCCAAAAUCUGUACCAUUACAACCCCGGAAGCGUCACCGUGUAUGCGAUGAACGUUAACAACGACUCCGCCAUCCUGAGAUUCCCUCACCUGCCUGGACAAGAUCACCUGGAUGUCUUCUGGCUUACUCCUCAGCAUGGCAGCCUCAGGGCAAAAGUCGUGGAACUGAAUGGUCAAGCCAUCGUCUAUGCCAAUAAUGUCAUUCCCCCUCUCCCACCGAAGACAGUCACAUCCGGUUCAGUGACAAUCCCUCCUCGUUCCUUUGGGUUCAUCGUGAUGCCCCAUGCCAACCUCGCCUCCUGCAAGUCACAGAGCCACGGACCUGUCAUCGGCUGAUGCUGCAGUUUGUUCUUGUAGCUGUUGCAGUUUAUGCAAAUAAAAAACGAUUGUCGUAA